AUGGAGGCCCCAACUCGAACCCCUAGAUCACGGUCACGAAUUUUGGGCCGCUCCUCGGUGUUCCGCUUUUUCCGAAGCUUGGUGGGGAGCAAGGGCAGCCCAAAGAGCUCGGACAAGGCCCUGGCCAGGGGCCAGUUGUGCCUGCUACAAGAGCAGGACACCACCUCCCUGAAGACAGGCCUCCAGGGGGGCUCCGGGUGGAGGGAGCCAGGGCCACUUGCCUCGCUGCCCUGUACCCUCUCAGUGGCCGUCCCCAGGGGCUCCUCGCACUUGUUACGGCAUGAGGCCUUUGGGCUGGGCAUGGGGGACAUGGGCACCCAGACCACUAACCCCAAAGGGAUCCUGAGGCUUACGGCCCAGGGUGUAGAAGUGAAGUCAUUCCUGCCCAGAGGAAGCCUGGAGGUGCCCGGCAAUCUGUCAGAGAAGGACGAGAACCGCAACAAGGAAGCGGAGUCAGCAGGGGAGGCCUCUGGGAAUUCAGAGGUUUUAAACAGGAGCCACUUUGCUCAGGCCCUGGAGGUGGAGCAAGAAUGCCUGCCCAAGAACACCGGGCUGCUGGAAGUCAGCCCUGAGGCCUUCACCAGGGAGGAGGAGGAGGAGGAGGCGUGCCUACUUGAUGGAGAUCUCAGGCUGGCCUCAUCCAAGGCAGGAACCCCCUGGAACCGCCUCCUCGGUUUGUACAAGCAGCUCCAGAAAUCGACCAUUGCCAAGGUCUGUGGGGACUUGGCACAUCCUCAGAUUCCUCUCAAGGAAGGGUUGCCCCAUGAGGAGAAAAGGGAGGAAGAGGAAAUGGAGGAAGAGGACAGUUCAUUCAAGCUUUGUGUCCCAAGCAUUGUCAGCUUCCAGUCACCACUGCAUAAGACUUUUAGGUCCACGGAUACAGUGGGUUUUGUGGAGUCUGAGUUGAAGAAACUUCUGGCAGUACAGCGAGAGGCUCGCCUCUGGAAGAUGGGCAGCCUCGAGGGCCGGGAGCUGCUGACCCAGCCAGAGAUGACCCUGGAGGAGGCCGGCAUGGUGGAUGGCCAGCACUUGCUCCUUGAGGAGGUGGAUGAGAUGGGAAACUGGCCUCCUCCAGAGUGA